GUGAGUACACACAAACAAAAAAGAGCGCUCAAAAAAUGGGUAUAAAUAAGCAGAAAUAUCGCAGUUGAUAGCGAGAGUCAGAGCAAUAAGAAUGAAAAUGUUGUUUUCUCUCGGACUCGUUUUCCUCCUUUGCGCCCAGGCGCCAAUCUCUACGAAUGCAGAUUUGCCUACUAAAUACAAUUACCGCGAUGCGAUCACCAAAUCAUUGCUGUUUUACUACGCCCAGCGCUCGGGCCGGCUGCCGGCUAAUGACAACCCUAUCCCCUAUCGUUCUGAUUCAGCACUUAAGGACCGCGGAAGAAAUGGAGAAGAUCUCACUGGAGGCUAUUACGAUGCUGGAGAUCACGUCAAGUUCGGUUUUCCCAUGGCGGGCACAACAACGAUAAUUGCGUGGUCAAUUAUUGACUACCAACUUGGAUAUUCAUCUGUAGGACAAUUGAGAAAUGCCCUGAACAUGGUGAAAUGGGCGACUGAUUACUUUAUCAAAGCAUGGAAUCCGGCAACUAAAACAUUGUACGGACAAGUGAGCGAUGGAAAUAUCGACCAUAAAUUUUGGGGACGUCCUGAAGAUAUGAAUCAGAAUAAUCGACCGGCUUUUUCCAUAUCUCCUAAUGCUCCUGGAUCUGAUUUGGCUGGAGAGACAGCAGCUGCCUUAGCCGCAGCUUCGAUAGUUUUCUCAUCAGUCGACAGAGGGUACAGUUCUCGAUGUCUGACACAUGCCAAACAGCUCUACGAUUUUGCCAAAAAACAUCAAGGGAAGUAUCAAGUAAGGUUUCCCAAAAGAGGCAAUUCUGGACAACAUUAUUACGACUCGUCUAGUUUCGAAGAUGAGUUGGCUUGGAGCGCUAUUUGGCUUUACCGUGCUACUAAAGAUCCAUUCUAUCUUAACGAGGCUAAAGCUUUCUAUGCCAAGUUUGGCCUAGCGUAUAGAAACUGGGCAUUUUCAUGGGAUGACAAAAGUCCUGGCGUACAGGUUAUGUUAGCAAAAUUGACGGGUGAAGAAAAGUACAAGAACGAUGUCAAAGGAUAUUGCGAUGCUAAGGUUAACCAGCCAAAGACACCCAAAGGACUUGUGUUCAUCAACGCGUGGGGUUCGUUGCGAUACGCAGCUAACAGCGCCUUCAUAUGCCUUCAAGCUGCUGACCUCAACAUCAACGCGCAGACGUACCGCAAGUUUGCUCAAAAGCAAAUUCACUACAUUCUCGGAGACACCGGUCGCAGUUUCGUCGUUGGGUUUGGAGUUAAUCCUCCAGUUAAACCACAUCAUAGAUCCAGCUCUUGCCCGAGAAGACCAGCACCUUGUGGAAAUGCCAAUUUGGUAUCUAAAGCACCGAAUCCUCAAAUUUUGUACGGAGCUAUGGUUGGCGGGCCGUCUGAUAACAGAGACAGUUACGUCGAUGACCGUGAAAAUUAUCAAACUAACGAAGUGGCCCUUGAUUACAAUGCUGGCUUCCAAGCAUCUCUAGCCGCCCUACAGUCCUUGGCUGUCAAAAAUGUUUUCAACUAAAAUACGGCAAGUUAAAUACACGCCUUUCUGCAGCAA